UGGGAGUCCAGCGACAUGGCCAUUACACCAACUGCUGGUCCCUGAGAUUGAAUUUUUACUAUUGAAAAAGAAUUUGGUGGCCUAGGAGGCUCAGAUGACACGGAGUCCUCCUAGCAGAUCUGUCACUCCAAGGGCAAAUACAUCUCCUGUGUUCUGGCUUCUCAGCGCCAUACUUUGAGCCUGAGAAGUCCUAUUACCGCGCGGGUCGGGACACUUAAAGGAAACCGAAGAGCGGGAGGUACCCUAAAGGUUACCUAGGCUGAAGGGUGUGGACAGAACAGUGCGUGUGGGACGAGCUGGGAGCCCGCAGGGAGGGAAGCGGGUUCUCAGGUCCUUCCAACGGCCUCACAAGAGCAGUGCUGACACCUACUAGGGGCUGGGCCUAAAGCAGCAUCUGACCGUCCUAUUUCCCCCCGGGCCUCCGUGACAGUUUUCUGCAGGUCGUGGUCGCUCUCCUCUAACUACCCCUCCCGCACCGAGUGCCCGAGGAGCCCCCGGACGGACUCCCAAAAGUAACCAGAGACAUCUUAGUUCAAGUACCAGGGCCGGCUCCACCUCGUCGCCCGCGGGGGCCACAGACUCGGGGAAGUCUAGGCUCUUUCACAGUUCUGAAUGUUAGCACCUGAAAAUGCCAGUAGACGAUGAAGCAUCUGAAGAUGACUCGGAUUCGGUUUCUUCAAACAGUGAAACAACCUUUAUUUUCAAAUAAGAGAGACUAACAAUUUCUGUACACUAUGGAAGAUUAUGAUGUGAACACCUUACAAAAAAACUCAUCUUCUGUAGAAUCUGAUGUUAAAAAUUCUCCCCAUUCUCUUGGACUGAACUUAAAUAUUAAUAGAAGUAGUCCCCACCUUAGUACAAAUGGGGUAUCCUCUUCCUCAGGGAAGACCAGACCAUCUGUAAUUCGAGGUACAGUUGAAGUCCUAACUUCUUUAAUGCAAGAGCUUCAAAACAGUGGAAAGACUGAUUCGGAACUUUGGAAAAACUGUGAGGCCAGGUGGUUACAGCUCUUCACGCUGGUGGAGAAACAAUGCCAAGAACAAAUAGUUGCCCAGCAAGAACAGUUCCACAACCAAAUUCAACGUAUACAGGAGGAGAUAAAAAACUUAGUCAAAUUACAGACCAGUAAUGCUUCCUGGGCUUCCUGUGAUAGAAGAUUUUCAAGCAAGCAAAGAUCUUCAGAAAGUCAAAUGGGUUUUUUUUCUGAAAACAGCAAGAGAAAUGAAUCUGUUGUCAGUUACCCUACGUCUAAGGAACCUGAAAUGCAGCAAGACUCGUCCACAUCACAGCCAGACUGCAACGUGGACAGUAGCUCAGUGAGCAGUGGGUAUGGCACCUUCUGUGUCUCAGAACUGAAUACCUACCGAUCCAAAGACCCUGCAGAGUUCAUGGAGCCCACAGAUGUUUCCAGGGGACAGUGUGCGGGACCUGUAGGGCAGGCAGGUCCACGUGGAGACAGCACAGAAACCCAGAGUGUGUGUAAGCAGAGUACUGGGGAGUUUCGUGCCUCCAUCAAGGAAGAUCUUUCUGUUUUUCCUGGUGAAUUCGAACAUCAUUUUCUUGGUGGAAAUAAGAUUUCCGAAGUAUACAGCGGAAAAACAAAUCAUAAAUCCAUAACAUCAUGGGCACAAAAGCUGAAGCAGAGCCAACCCAAGAGGGCCCAGCUAGAAGACGGGUGUUCGAGAUCUAAGCAAGGAGAUGAGCAAAGCCAGAAGCCACCAGUGGGGAAGCCUGACUUCGCUGCCGCACUCCCUCGUGCUUUUCACCUCAGCAAACCGGAUGGAAGUCCGAGCUCGUGGGUGUCUGAUUCAGGAACAGGACUGACAUACUGGAAGCUGGAGGAGAAGGACCUGUAUCACUCUUUGCCGGAAACAUUAGAGAAAGCGUUUGUCCCUUCCUCCUCAGAUACGUCGUCAAGCCAGUCUAAUAGUAGUAAUGGGAUGCAGCUACCAUCACUGAAGGAUAUUUAUCAUAAAAAACAAAGGGAAAAGAAGCAGUUACCUGAGAGGAAUCUCACUUCUCCCAACCCAAAUCAUCCCCCGGAGGUGCUGACUCUAGAUCCAACGUUGCACAUGCAGCCGAGUCAGCAGGUUCUAGGAGCCCAACCACAUGGCUGCUUGAACGCCCUGGAUGAGAGGACAUCCUUUUCACCAGACUCGGUUCUAGAACCUAGUAUGUCCAGUCACUCGGACAUUGACUCUUUUUCACAAGCAAGUAAUAUCGCUGCUCAGUUAUCCGGAUUCUCCAAACACUCUUCAAGUACAAAGGCUUCACCAGUGGCCUCUUGGAAGAAUCACGCAUUCCAAAGUGAAAGUAGGACCAGCUCCACGUUUCCUUCAGUGUGUACUCUCACUAGUGACGAUGUCUCGGUCAACACUGUAGACGAAGAGAACACUGUCAUGGUAGCGUCAGCCUCAGUCAGUCAGUCCCAGCUUCCAGGUACAGCCAACAGUGUCCCAGAAUGCAUUUCAUUGACUUCCUUGGACGACCCUGUGAUAUUGUCUAACAUCAGGCAGAGCCUGAAGGAAAAGCAUGCGCGGCACAUAGCAGACCUUCGAGCUUAUUAUGAAUCAGAAAUAAAUAGUUUGAAACAGAAGUUGGAGGCAAAGGAGAUGUCUGCCGUUGAAGACUGGAAGAAAACCAACCAAAUUCUCGUAGACAGAUGUGGCCAGUUAGAUACUGCUUUGAAUGAAGCUACCAGUCGUGUGAGAACACUUGAAAAUAAGAAUAACUUACUGGAAAUAGAAGUGAGUGAUUUGAAAGAACGCUUCAGUGCAGCCAGCAGUGCCUCCAAAAUUCUGCAGGAACGAAUCGAGGAAAUGAGAACAAGUAACAAAGAAAAAGACAAUACCAUUGUUCGACUAAAAUCCAGACUGCAGGAUUUAGAAGACGCUUUCGAGAAUGCUUAUAAACUCUUAGAUGAUAAAGACGCUAGAUUAAAACAGGAAAACAAAAUGUUUCAAGACCUUUUAGGAGAGUACGAGUCCCUUGGGAAGGAACAUGGAAGAGUCAAGGAUACGUUAAAUACGACUGAGAACAAAUUGCUCGAUGCACACACUCAGAUUUCCGAUUUAAAAAGAACGAUUUCAAAACUCGAAGCCCAAGUGAAGCAAGUAGAGCAUGAAAAUCUGUUAAGUCGUCAUAAUUCUAAAAUCCACACGAGACCCUCACGUGCCAACACCCUGGCAACUUCUGAUGUCAGCAGGCGGAAGUGGCUGAUACCUGGUGCAGAGUACUCCAUCUUCACUGGCCAGCCCUUGGGCAUCCAGGACAGUCCCGUGGACAGCCUGCCGGAGGACCCCCGGGUCCCUGGGUGCCAGUCUCCUCCGGAAAAGGACUCUUCUUCACCUGGAUGUUCUCCAUCAAGCUUAUUGAUGAAAAAACAGAGAGAGACUUCAGACUCACCGAUCAUGAAAGCUUUAAAGGAACUUGAUGAAGAAAAAAUAUUUAAAAGUUGGGGGACACAGACAGAGAAGGAGGAUACCUCAAAUAAAUCAGUGAGUCCUCGGCAGACUGAAACGGCAGCCAGUGCAGGUGGGUCCCCAGAGAAGUGUGCUCAGCAGAGACAGAAGAGAUGCACGCCCGCCGCACAGAGGUCGUCCUCCCUGCCGCCGUCGGCUCGCAAGGCCAGCACUCCAACAAAAAGAGAGAUUAUGUUAACACCAGUGACUGUGGCUUAUAGUCCCAAGCGGUCCCCUAGAGAAAACUUGUCCACAGGAUUUAGUCAUCUACUUAGCAAAAACGAAAGCAGUCCAAUUCGAUUUGAUAUACUUUUGGAUGAUUUAGAUACUGUUCCCGUGUCUACAUUACAACGCGCCAACCCGAGAAAACAACUCCAGUUUCUUCCUCUAGAUGACUCAGAAGAAAAACGCUAUGCGGAGCAGGACACCGGCAGCCAUGUUCAGCAUGGCUCUCGCCCUGAGCCGUGGUCCCCCGGGAUGAAGCAAGCGUCUGUGCGCGCGGCCUGGGAGAGGAGUGGCCCGCUGAGCCAGGAGCAGAGCGAGCCCGUCUCGGUCACGCCACGGGGUGACGGUUUUGAGUACACAGCCAAAAUCAGGACCCUGGCUGAGACGGAGCGAUUUUUUGAUGAACUUACAAAAGAAAAGGACCAGAUUGAAGCGGCACUAAGCCGAAUGCCUUCUCCUGGCGCACGGGCCACUUUACAGACGCGACUGCAUCAGGUGAGCUUCCGUAGCUUCCGCCUGCUCUCCAGGCCAGGGCUCGCGGUGCCCUGCUCACCCCGGGGCGCAGUCCCAGGCUCACUGGCCGCAGUCGAGGCCCGAGGCCUUUGCAGGAGUGUUUGGUGACUGAGUGCUGUAGAGCUGCAUGCUGGCU